CCGCGAUGGGCCAAGGGGACGAAAGCGAGCGCAUCGUGAUCAACGUGGGCGGCACGCGCCACCAGACGUACCGCUCGACGCUGCGCACGCUGCCCGGCACGCGGCUCGCCUGGCUGGCAGAGCCCGACGCCCACAGCCACUUCGACUAUGACCCGCGCGCCGACGAGUUCUUUUUCGACCGCCACCCGGGCGUCUUCGCGCACAUCCUGAACUACUACCGCACGGGCAAACUGCACUGCCCGGCCGACGUGUGCGGGCCACUCUACGAGGAGGAGCUGGCCUUCUGGGGCAUCGACGAGACCGACGUGGAGCCCUGCUGCUGGAUGACGUACCGCCAGCACCGCGACGCCGAGGAGGCGCUGGACAGCUUCGGCGGCGCGCCCCUGGACAACAGCGCCGACGACGCGGACGCCGACGGCCCCGGCGACUCAGGCGACGGCGAGGACGAGUUGGAGAUGACCAAGCGCCUGGCACUCAGCGACUCCCCGGACGGCCGGCCCGGCGGCUUCUGGCGCCGCUGGCAGCCGCGCAUCUGGGCGCUCUUCGAGGACCCCUACUCAUCCCGCUACGCGCGGUAUGUGGCCUUUGCCUCCCUCUUCUUCAUCCUGGUCUCCAUCACCACCUUCUGCCUGGAGACCCACGAGCGCUUCAACCCCAUCGUGAACAAGACAGAGAUCGAGAAUGUUCGGAAUGGCACGCAAGUGCGCUACUACCGGGAAGCGGAGACGGAGGCCUUCCUCACCUACAUCGAGGGCGUCUGCGUGGUCUGGUUCACCUUCGAGUUCCUCAUGCGUGUGGUCUUCUGCCCCAACAAGGUGGAGUUCAUCAAGAACUCGCUCAACAUCAUUGACUUUGUGGCCAUCCUGCCCUUCUACCUGGAGGUGGGCCUGAGCGGCCUGUCCUCUAAGGCGGCCAAGGACGUGCUGGGCUUCCUGCGUGUCGUCCGCUUCGUGCGUAUCCUGCGCAUCUUCAAGCUGACCCGCCACUUCGUGGGCCUGCGCGUCCUGGGCCACACUCUCCGCGCCAGCACCAAUGAGUUCUUACUGCUCAUCAUCUUCCUGGCUCUGGGUGUCCUGAUAUUCGCCACCAUGAUCUACUAUGCCGAGAGGAUAGGGGCGCAGCCCAAUGACCCCAGUGCCAGUGAGCACACCCACUUUAAGAACAUCCCCAUUGGCUUCUGGUGGGCCGUGGUCACCAUGACGACGCUGGGCUACGGAGACAUGUACCCGCAGACGUGGUCCGGCAUGUUGGUGGGAGCGCUGUGUGCGCUGGCGGGUGUGCUGACCAUCGCCAUGCCCGUGCCCGUCAUUGUGAACAAUUUCGGGAUGUAUUACUCCUUAGCCAUGGCUAAGCAGAAACUACCAAAGAAAAAAAAGAAGCAUAUUCCGCGGCCACCGCAGCUGGGAUCUCCCAAUUAUUGUAAAUCUGUCGUAAACUCUCCACACCACAGUACUCAGAGUGACACAUGCCCGCUGGCCCAGGAAGAAAUUUUAGAAAUUAACAGAGCAGUUCUCGUGAUUGUACUCUGCUCAUGUCUCUCACAGACUGUCCCCAGUUAGCCUGGGACUUUUUCCCUGAGCCCCAGGCUGGGCAGCCCCCUCAGGGCUAAACCCGAGGAAAUUCCCAGCCACCCCUCCCGCCCCGCCCCAGCCCUGCGUGCGCCCCCGGCGCGCCCGCUGCUGGUGUGAACAGUAAGUACCUCGGCGGUGCCUGGAGACCAGGGCACAGAAGCCAGCGUGCUGGCUCAGGGCCGGACAUCGGGUUCUCCUUGCUCCAAAGUUUAAAAAAAAAUGACCCUCUCGCGGACGCUCAUCUCUCUCAGCCCAUUUCAAAGCCUGGAAACCAUCUUCGUGAGAUGCUGCCCAUGCUGCCAUUUCAUCAUCACAGGCCCUCGGGUCUAGUGGGGGCCGAGGGGCCCUGGGCCAGGGGAGGCAGGGCUCCCAGCCUCCUGGGGAGUAGCUGGGAGCCGAGGGACCUGCUGGCCAUCUCAUCUGAAGGACGGGGUGGGGGCAGGAGGGUGGGGAGUCUUGGGUGGGCUGGCACCUCUGGCUUUUUCCAUGGCUUUCCCAGGUUUGGAGAGCUGGCCCCCCCUUGCUUGGUCUCUCUUCCAGCCCCCCCUCUGGAGUUGGGAAGGGAGAAUGUUCCCAGUUUCUGAGAGCACACCAAACUGCAGAUUAGCCAGCAGCCCAGGGAGGCUGGCUCCUUCACAGAGAGGGACAUAAACACUCCCCGCCCCCGCACCACCAGCACCCAGCCUCAGCCCCUUCUCAAAGGCCAUGGUUGGGAGAAGAAGCAGGCUCCAGGGAGGGAAGGGUGUCCAGUUCACAUCCACCCAGGGAUCCCUGAUGGCUGCCCCCUGGCCGGACCCCUGCAGAAGACCAGCCUCAACUUUGGGUCCUCUAAAUGCUGUGGGAGCUGGCUGCUCCAGGGGCACAGUGCUGGGGGGCAGAGUCAGAUGAGGGGUCUCAGGCUCCACCACCUACCUCUGACCCACCCCUGGGCAAGCCCUGCAGGCUGUAGAUACCUCCACUGACAGAUGAUGGCCAGCAGAGAGACAGCAAGUCCUGGCUCCCCUCCCAGACGGAGACGCUGCCUGGUAGGACUCGCUGUUUUCCCCUUGAGGAAACUGUGUGCAGGGUACUGUGGGCCCCAACUUCUGCCCCCUCAUCUACAACCUCCUCCCUUAAACCUCCCUGCCCUCUCCCCGGAGACCCUUGGGAGGGAAGACGGGACCAGCCAGACUGGGAGGCAGAACCGGGCUUGUCUGUGCGCACACGUGUGUGCCCUCAGACACACCCUAAGUGCUAGGCAGCCCCCAGCCCCCAGAGAGGCCCCAGCCCCAGUCACGUGGUAUCAGAGUUACCUUGGUAACUGGCCUUUCUGGUUCAGAGUAAAUUGGGGAGUGAAGCCCCUGGGAUUUGUCAAGAAACGCACUGUACGUGAAAUGCUUUGCCAUCUUGUACGACAGACUUUUUUUUUAAGUUCCAAAAUUAUGAUGGGAUUUUUUUUUUUUUUUUUUUUUUGGAUUUG